CGGCGGGGUCGCCCGGGGCAGAGACCGCGGAGCCGUUCGAGCGGCUCGCCCGCCCAGCAUGGACGACCCCGCGGCGCCCGCCAGCGACGGCGGCAACGGCGGCAGAGGGAAGGCGGCUGCGCCCAAGGGCCGGGAGGCGUUCCGCAGCCAGCGGCGGGAGUCGGAGGGCUCUGUGGACUGCCCUACCCUGGAGUUUGAAUAUGGAGAUGCAGACAGCCAUGCAGCAGAGUUGUCAGAACUGUACAGCUACACAGAGAACCUGGAGUUCACCACAAACAAGAAGUGCUUUGAAGAAGAUUUCAAGACUCAAGUGCAAGACACCAAGGAAUGGCUGGAGUUGGAGGAAGAUGCCCAAAAGACCUAUGUGAUGGGACUUCUGGACCGCCUGGAGGUGGUCAGUAGGGAGCGCCGGCUGAAGGUGGCCCGGGCCGUCCUCUACCUGGCCCAAGGCACCUUUGGGGAGUGUGAUUCCGAGGUGGACGUGCUGCACUGGUCCAGAUACAACUGCUUCCUGCUCUAUCAGAUGGGGACCUUCUCAGCCUUCCUGGAGCUGCUUCACAUGGAGAUCGACAGCGACAGCCAGGCCUCUCGUGGCGUGCCUCGGAAACCAGCCGUCUCCAUCGCUGACAGCGCUGAGCUCAGGGUGCUGCUGAGUGUCAUGUACCUGAUGGUGGAAAAUAUCCGCCUGGAGCGAGAGAUAGACCCCCGUGGGUGGAGGACAGCCCGAGAGACCUUCCGAACUGAGCUGAGCUUCUCCACGCAUAAUGAAGAGCCUUUUGCCCUCCUGCUGUUUUCCAUGGUUACCAAAUUCUGCAGUGGCGUGGCCCCUCACUUCCCAAUAAAGAAGGUUCUGCUUCUGCUCUGGAAGGUCGUCAUGUUUACCCUGGGUGGGUUUGAGCACCUGCAGGCUCUCAAGAUACAGAAGCGUGCGGAGCUGGGCCUGCCUCCUCUAGCUGAGGACAGCAUCCAGGUCGUGAAGAGCAUGCGCGCCGCCUCCCCGCCUUCCUCCACUCUUGAUCUGGGAGAGUCUCAGCUGGCCCCGCCACCCUCCAAGCUGCGGGGCCGCCGGGGUUCUCGAAGGCAACUCCUCACCAAGCAAGACAGCCUGGACAUCUACAAUGAAAGGGAUCUCUUCAAGACUGAGGAGCCGGCCACGGAGGAGGAGGAAGAGUCUGCAGCUGACGGAGAACGAGCCUUGGAUGGAGAGUUAGACCUGCUAGAGCAGGACCCUCUGGUGCCGGCUCCCCCCUCACAGACACCUCUCUCUGCCGACCGGGUGGCCUUUCCCAAGGGCCUUCCCUGGGCCCCCAAGGUCAGACAGAAGGACAUUGAACACUUCUUGGAGAUAAGCAGAAACAAGUUCAUUGGAUUCACUCUUGGGCAAGACACCGACACCUUGGUUGGAUUACCUCGACCCAUCCAUGAGAGUGUGAAGACUCUAAAGCAGCACAAGUAUAUCUCCAUCGCAGACAUACAGAUCAAGACUGAAGAGGAGCUGGGGAGAUGUCCCCUGUCCCUGGGAGAAGAGGUGGUGCCUGAAACCCCGAGUGAAGUCCUCUACCAGGGCCUGCUCUACAGCCUCCCCCAGCACAUGAUUGCUCUGCUUAAGAUUCUGCUGGCUGCAGCCCCCACCUCCAAGGCUAAGACAGACUCUAUCAAUGUCCUGGCAGAUGUCCUGCCCGAGGAGAUGCCCGUAACUGUUCUCCAGAGCAUGAAGCUCGGCAUUGACGUGAACAGACACAAGGAGAUCAUUGUAAAGAGCAUCUCUGCCCUGCUCCUUCUGCUCCUCAAACACUUCAAACUCAACCAUAUCUACCAGUUUGAACAUGUGUCACAGCACUUGGUGUUUGCCAACUGCAUCCCCUUGAUCCUCAAGUUCUUCAAUCAAAACAUCCUGUCCUAUAUCACUGCCAAGAACAGCAUCUCGGUGCUGGAUUACCCAUGCUGUACCAUCCAGGAUGUUCCAGAGCUUACUACCGAGGGUCUGGAAGCUGGCGACAGCAGCCAGUUCUGCUGGAGGAACCUCUUUUCCUGCAUCAACCUCCUGAGGCUGCUCAACAAACUGACCAAGUGGAAGCAUUCCAGGACCAUGAUGCUGGUGGUGUUUAAAUCGGCUCCGAUCUUGAAGCGGGCCCUCAAAGUCAAGCAGGCCAUGCUGCAGCUCUACGUCCUGAAGCUGCUGAAGAUCCAGACCAAGUACCUCGGGCGCCAGUGGAGGAAAAGCAACAUGAAGACCAUGUCCGCCAUUUACCAGAAGGUGCGCCACCGCAUGAACGACGACUGGGCCUACGGGAACGACAUCGACGCCAGACCGUGGGACUUCCAAGCGGAAGAAUGCACCCUCAGGGCCAGCAUCGAGGCUUUUAAUAGCCGCCGGUACGAUAAGCCCCAGGACUCAGAAUUCUCACCCGUGGACAACUGCUUGCAGAGCGUGCUGGGGCAGAGGCUGGACCUGCCUGAAGAUUUCUACUGCUCCUAUGAGCUCUGGCUGGAGAGAGAGGUGUUUUCACAGCCCAUCUGCUGGGAGGAGCUGCUGCAGAGCCACUGAGCUCUCCUCAGCAGGGCGGCUGAGAGAGGGAGGUUGGCUCGAGAGCGUGCACCCAGCCUGUUCUGCGCGCUCGCUCUUCGUGUGAGCUCCAGGGCUGUUCCAGCCCAGCAUUUGCGAGACACCCUCUGCUUCAGCUCUGUCCUGGAGGUCGUGGGGCCUGCAGGUGGUCACAAGACUGCACUCCUGAGUCAGAGCAGCUUGCCAUGGCUCAGCUGCAUGCCCAAUUAGCCUCAAGUCUCCCAGUGGGGCAGUCCUGGGCAGACUUUGAUGAAGCCUGUUUCCAUCUUGCCUAGAAUGGGCUAGCCUGUUGUCCCCUGGUCAGCCUUUGUUAGCCACAGUAGGGAAAGGAAAUUGGUUAUGGCAUUUCACCCAUGACAUUCCUCUCAGCCAGUGGGUAAGACUGACCAUAAGAUGGUGUUUUCUUCUUGAUCACUCUAAUGUCUUGGACUUAUCACUUAGCAAAACCAACUUUAGCUGUAUUUCACAGUUAAAAUGCUGACACUCAACUCUUUCUAAGUAAUCAUUGGCUCUAAGAUGACUUCAGAGCACUGCAUCUUCAGAAAGGAUGACUGUUUCCAAAACACUGCAUGUUACAGAUCGUGCAGGGCUUUUCCUUAAGAGAAUCUGUGCUCAAUGUAAAAAGUUCCCCGUGUGUUCUGUAUGUGCUUUGAAUGCUUUGCCGAUUGGAAAGAAC